AUGACGUCCAUGCGAGGAACUGCACGGACGUCACCGCACGUUUAUCCUGCAGCGGACGCCUCGUUGCCACGCAGCGCAGUGGACGCCUCGUUGCCACGCAGCGCAGCGGACGCCUCGUUGCCACGCAGCGCAGCGGACGCCUCGUUGCCACGCAGCGCAGCGGACGCCUCGUUGCCACGCAGCGCAGCGGACGCCUCGUUGCCACGCAGCGCAGCGGACGCCUCGUUGCCACGCAGCGCAGCGGACGCCUCGUUGCCACGCAGCGCAGCGGACGCCUCGUUGCCACGCAGCGCAGCGGACGCCUCGUUGCCACGCAGCGCAGCGGACGCCUCGUUGCCACGCAGCGCAGCGGACGCCUCGUUGCCACGCAGCGCAGCGGACGCCUCGUUGCCACGCAGCGCAGCGGACGCCUCAUUGCGACGCAGCGCAGUGGACGCCUCGUUAAGGUGCAGCAGCGGUGGGUUCAGCGCGGAGAUGCAGCGAAGCAAAGUGAACACUACAGUCCUCACAGUCCUCAGAGUCCUGAAGAGCUGUGUCUGCAGCAGUGACCGCAGUAAACAUCCUCCUGCUGCUUUGUUUGGGAGAAGGACUCCUGCUAAAGUUCUGAGCGUUUGUGAGGAUGGAGGAGCAGACGGCGUCUCCUGCGCCCAACGCCGACAACAGCUCCCAGAGAAACGGCGACGAGAAGCCCCGCCGUGGCAGCUGGACCAAGGGGAGGAAGAGGAAGAAGCCGAUGAAGGACAGUAA